UACUUGCACUAAACUGCUGGCUAGCUUUGCGUCGCCCGUUGCGAUGGGAGUAGGGAGGCACUAAUCUAGUUUAGCGGGACUAGCACAACGAUACUGUACCAUUUAUUAAAAUUAAGACCUAGAAACUAGCAGACUUGGCUGUUUGUACAACUUCAUGUUUAUACUAAAAGAAUAAAAAGAAAACAGACAGUAUGGCAACCGUGUUAGGUGCUGUCAAAAACUACAUCACCAGUAUCCACCUCCCUGAGCUGUUCCCCAACAGCGACAACAACAACAACGACAGCAGCAGCAACAGCAACAUCGUUGUCAGCCUCAGGAGGAACCUCAGCAGUCUCAACCGGCACAAGAGGAAUAGCUCGGCGGCGCUUUUGCGGCUAGGCUCAGGCUGUGUGGGCUUCGGGGUGCCCAAGGAGAAUAAGGAGGCAGAGGACAACACCUCGGAAGAGGCGUCCAGCAUCGAGGAGCAGGCAGAGGUCCAGCAGAGGCCGCGCCGCCGCCACCUGCCCCUGCCUACCGGUCCCUACGUCGUAGGAUGCGUGGAUCUGAUGUCGGAUGUAUCUGAUAGUGGAGUUUUCUACAGACUUUAUUAUCCAACCAAGAAGACGGAUAUAAAGAAGAGCUACAAGCAAUGGCCUUUAUGGUUGCCAAGAAAGCAUUAUGCUUAUGGAUACAUCUACUUUUUGAAGAAAAACAAGAUGCUAGGAAAACUGGCCAAUCUGAUUGGAGGUGAGAUCUAUGUUCCUGUCUUAUGGCAAGCACCGUUGCUGAAGAGUCAAGAGAAAUUCCCAGUUUUAAUUGUUUCUCAUGGCAUUGGUGGUAACAGAACCACUUUGACAACUUAUUGCUAUGAGCUGGCCUCGUAUGGUUAUGUUGUUGCAGCACUUGAACAUAGAGAUGGCUCUGCCUCCAUGACUCUUUGCCUUCAGGACAACAGCACAGUCAACAUCAGAGAACACUACCUUAGACUCUCACACAGUGAUACUGCGUUGGCUACAGAUGGCAAUGAGGAUUUGGACAUGGUAGAGCAGGAAAGAGUCAAGUUCUAUGUAGAUGAGGAAGAGAACACAGAAAGCCAAGGUGGACGAGGGGCUAGGGUCAAACAAAUGCAUCAGAAUAACAGGAGGUCGGUUAUCAAUGCCCGCAAUUGUACAGAAGAAUGGCGAAGAUUUAAGCAUGUAGAAGUGUGGGAUGACUUCAAUUUAAGGAAUGGACAGAUGUAUCAUAGGACUGAAGAAAUCAGUAAAGUAUUGGAUGAACUGACUAACAUGACCCAAGGAAACCAUGUCUACAACAAGCUGGACUUGGCCUUCAAAACAAAUCAAUUCAAGGAUCGAUUAGAUCUAGAAAGAGUUGCAAUUAUUGGUCACUCUUUUGGUGGUGCAGCAACACUGGCCACAUUGGCUGUGGAUGAACGAUUCAAAGUUGGCAUUUCUUUGGAUGGCUGGAUGCAUCCACUUGAUGACUUUAUAGAUAGGUCAGUGAAACAACCAUGUCUGCUUUUAAAUAUGGAAGACUUUCAAUGGGAGAGAAAUGUGAACCGGAUGAUAAAGUUUCAGAAGGCCAAAGAGUCAUCUGACAGACCAAUGAUCACCCUUAAGGGUGGUUGCCAUCAGAGCAUGACAGAUUUUCAGUUCAUUGUGCCCCAACUUUUAGGCCGCUUACUAGACGUCUGCUACACUUUGGCACCAAAGCUGGCAAUGUCUGCUUGUGUGAAUGUUUCCUUGGCAUUUCUGGCUAAACAUUUAUUUAAUGAUCAACCUUUGGAACAAAAGCAUAAAGAUAUAUUAGACUGCAAACAUCCACAUCUAAUACUUGGGACUAAUGUAGACCUCACAAUCCCUGAUAAUGGACCUACACCACCAUAAAAGUUUUUUUUUACUUAACAUUGGACUGCACUGAUUGUAGAAAGAUUAACAAGUCACAACCAUCUGUGACAAGAUGUGUGCAAACAGGGUGUUAGCUGACAUACAGAUGAUCAAACUUGUGAAAGUUUUUUACUAGAAAAGCUGAGAUAGUUCAAAUCUUUUCAUAUUUUUUUUAAAUUGUGAAACUUAAGAAAAUCAUAUGACCUUCAGGAUAAUAAUGCUUAUUAUUAUGUUUUUUAUAAUAAAUGUCUAAAUAGUUUUAGUCAAUAAGUGAAAUGUGUUGAAAUCAGGUUGUGGUGCAGCUCUGGAACAUGAUUCCAACAACAUUGGCAGUGCCUCCUUACUCAUUAGUAAACAUUAGUCAAAUAUUAAUUAAACAUUAAAUCACCAGUUUGUUUGUAAUAUAUGGUGAUUAAUAAAAUUAUUGUGAAAAAAAGUUUGCAAUUUUUUGUAACAAAUCAGACCAAACGUAUUGAACCCAAUUAGUGUCUAUACUUUGCUUUGUAGAUAUUCACUGGCUGUUAAUGUUAUAUAUAGUUCAUUAAUAUGUCAGUGGCUAUGAAGUCUGUCAGGGAUGUUUACCUUUUGUACUGCUCAAAUGUUGUUUUUUUCUAAACUUUUUUUUUUUUACAUUUUCAACAUGCAAUCUCAGUUUUCUCCAAGUGACCUUAAUAUUUGUGCAUAAUAUUUGUGCAGAACUAUUAUUCCUAUUUACUCAAAUUUUGACAAGCUUUUUUUUUUGCACUCUUUUAAUAUUUUUUUUAAUCGAGGAAAUAAAUAACAUACAUGUUUAUUAAUAUAAUAUUUAAAAAAAAAUUAUAAUGUUGAAAAAAAAACACAACUACUUUAGAUUUGUGUUAAUAGUUUGUAAUUGCUUAAAAUGAAGCAUAAUUUAAGAGCUUGUAAUUUGCUAACAGUAACUUGGAAAGUGCUAGUCUCUAGUGCCAAAAUACAAUCAUAUUUUUGAGUACAUUACUUUUUAGGUGCUUUAUACAUGCUUUGGAGAUACAUAGAUGUAAAUCAAUCUCAAAUUUUAAUAUGGGUAGUAUUCUUGUAUUAAUGUUAGGGUCCUAACCGUCCAAUUCUGUGGUUAUAAUAAUAUUUUUUUUUUUACAUUCAUCUUCUGGUAUAAGACAAGACUUUAAUUUUUUUUUUCAAAAUCCACAUUUAAAAUGAUUACAGAAAGUUGUGUAUGUUUUGUUAAUUUUGUUUUGAGUCUUUGCUCUUUUGGGUGUUUCUGUGAGUUGACCUAUUACUACACUCCAUAAUCCUUGGAUUAUUUAUCCAGUCUACAUUACAUUUUGUUCUGAAUUCCUGAAGUUUUUAUUUGUGUAAAUAGGUUUUACAUAUUUGUAUUUUUACUUGUGUAAAACUGAUCUCUUCAUCAGUAUCAAUGCUUCAUGCUUUUUGUUUAAGCAGGCAAUAUAUUUUUUUUUUGUUGCUAAUGAGUACUUGUGUAAAACUAAUAAUUCAGUUUUAUAAAACCUUUAUUUAUUAAAAAUAAUAAAACUUGCAUUUUUUUUUUCAGAAUGUAUUUUUGUAUGAGCUUAUAUAACAUUAUAUACUUUUUUGCAUGUGCUGUAAAAAAAGAAGUAAUGACAUUAUCCAUGACAACAUAAAAUUAAAAAUGCUUGUGGUCUAAUUGCCUUAAAAACAUGUUAUGAAGAUGUAUUAAUCUAAAUCAGUCUGAAUAAUUUAUGGUGUAAAAUCUUUGAUGUGUUGUGCAGACCAUUUUUAAAAAAAAUAAAUUUGAUUGUGAAAUAGGAUUUUGAGAGUAAAUAUUCUCUUGGAAUCUCAUUUAAAUUAUAUGACAUCAUGUCACUGACCAAUAUUGUUAUUGAUCUAUAUACUUGAAUUUAUGUCAAAAAUAUUAUUGGAUGUUUAUUUAACUCUUUAGUUGCCACAAUGUGCUGCUUGUGGUCAAAUUUUAUUUCAAUUCUUUGAAUUUGAUGUAGUUAUAAGUUAUAGGACUUGUGUUACCCGCAAAGUUUGAAACUAAUUUUGUGUUUUAUUAUUACAAUAUUAUCACUACUAUUUGUUUUUAAUUUUUUUUUACUAUGAAAUACCUUGUGUCUUUGUAAACCAGUUUUUCUAGAAAUGAGAUGAAGACUUAGAUUUUCAAUGUUAAGUAAAAGAUCAGGCCUUAUAAAGUUAUCCUGUUAAUGCUUGUGGUUGUCUAGAUGAGAUGGGAAUUGAAAUCCCUGAGUCAAGAUGGAAUUCAAUUAUUCAUUAUUAAAUUUGUCCUGUGUUUGAGUUCUCUACUAGCCAACAUUAUGGAGUUGAUACAUGCUUUCAACAUUUUUUAUCUAGGAAAACAAAAGUUAUAUUUUAGCUUAUUGUGUUAAUAGAUUAAGAAACAAAAAAAGUUGUAUUCAUUCACCUACCAUUUAAACUGUACAAAACAAAUUGAUUAGUUAACUCUUUAACCUCAAAAUGUUCUGUCAAUGAAUUUGUGUUUGUUGUUUAUGAACAAAUGCCUCUGUAUAAAAACAUAUAUGUUGUUUUUUUUAAAUUUUGUUUAAUGUAUUGGUCAAAUUUAUUGGAAGCUUAGAUAACAGCCAGUUGUAUGAAGUGAAAAGGUCUUUGUGAGAUCAUUUUACUGAUGACUUGUAAUAUGCUUGUUUGAGCUUUCAUUAUACCUAAAAAGCUCCACACCUUAAUUUUCUUCAAGGUUUACUCCUGAAGCUUUAAUACUUGAAUGGCAGCAGUGAGCCUUUGCCCUGGUAAACUGCUUGACCUUAAAAAAAGAAGGUUGAUUAUCUCCAUUUGCCUUCCAGGUUUUAGAGGUGACAAUGGUUAUGUUAUGAAGUUCCUCAGACAUUGGCUUUACCAAAUAUGGUUUUCUUUUUGAAUGCCUGGAUUACACUAUCAGAUGGAGAGAUGUUCAGUGAUGGACUCAUGAUGCCUCUAAAGUUCAGGAAUAUGUCUUAGAAAGGAAUCUUUCUUGGUGUUUCCAUUAUUUCUCAAAUAGGAGCCACAAUAUUUUAAUGUACCAAAUAAACAUGCAUUGCAAUGAAGCAAUUUUUCUGCUGGGCUCGUUUGUUUUUCAUUUUAAAGUGAGAUCAUCUUUCAAAAACAUUGUGAAUUAUUGAGAUCAGAGUAUUAUUACAUCACAUUAUUAUGCAACUGAUAACCAGAUACUAUCAAUUUUGUAAAAGCCUCAUGUAAUAUAAGUAUUGCAUACAAGUUCACAUUGAGUUGGGUUUCAUUAAGUGAUUUCCAUGACCAUUUCACUUCCCUUCUCUCAUGAAACAUUAAGUCUUAGCAAUGUAGUCGUAAAACAUUGUUAUGGACUAGUAUUUUUUCUAAUGCACAAGUUUCUUUUUUGUUUCAAUUUGGUGUGGAAACACCAAUUAUUGUAAAACUUAGAAUUUAAGGUUUUUUUUAGAAUCAGAACAAUAUGUCAUAUUAUUCCAUUCUUCCCUUGAAUUCUUCAUUGGCAGGUAGCAAUCAUCCUCACCAAUUUAUUCAUUAGACACUUUUGACCAUGUUGUAACUGUGGCCUUAUAAUACAUUGUUAUUUAUCGUUUAUAGUGCAUUAAUUUGAUUUACCAAAGUUUUAAUUAAAAUAUGCCUUGAGUUAAUGUGUUGGGUAUCUUGGUAUGCUACUCUGGUUGUGUCUAGAACUGAUUCUGAAAGUUGUCUUUCUUUCCAGGCACAAGGCUGUGAUAAGAUCUAUUGUUUGUAUUAUAAUAAUAUGAUGUACAUAAUAUUUUAACUCAAAUGUGGACAGAAAAUAAUUGUCCAUGCAAUGAAUAUGUUUUCCUGUUUGUUGUCUGAUCCUCUAGGUGCAUCUGCACUUAUUUAUGUUCUUUUUGUUUUCAUUCUUACUCUACAUGAAUUUUGAAUUCAAAUUAGUUUUUAUAUAUUUAUACUUAUAGUUUUUAUUCAGUAUCCUGCUGAUUUGUUUAUGACAAAAUAAAUGUUAGAGUGAAUGUAAGACUGAAAGUGAAAUGUAGCUAAAGAUUAUAUUGCUCACAGAAUUUAGAAAGCAAAAAAAAAAAAUUAUCUUUAAAUUAUUCCUCUGACCUUUGCGUAGAUAAUGUUAUGUGAUGAUUAAAGUAACCAUCAUUAAUUUAAUGACUAUUAAAAGGCAUUCAUUGAUUACAGCUGACAUGCUUCUUUAAGGGAGCGAUGAAGAUUGUAUGAUUAUACUUAGAAACAAGAAUUUUUUACUUCCCCCCAAGUCCACAAACUUUUCAUGAGAUGAACUUUUCUAGCCCUUUCCUUGAUGGUACUCUAGCCAAAAAAAUAUUUUAGAGUCUAAUAUUCAAUAGUCACAGUAUAGAGGAGCUGCUCAUGUUUUUCAUUUUCUGCAUCCCUUGGCUACACCAUGUGAACAUAAUGGAUGCUAUAUUCCUUUUGGGAGUCAUUUCACACUAUCUAGAGAUGGUCUUUUUUUUUUUUUAUUUAGUCUAAAUUUGACAUUUGUUUUCUUGAGAUUUGUUAAUUGUUGAUUUUUUUUUAAAAAUUUAAUGUUUAGUUGGUUUGAUUCUGUAAGUUGUAAGAAAUAUCUUUGCGUAUUAGUGUUAUAAACAUUGCCAAUCAAUGCAAUCAGUCAUUUGUCCGGUGUAAUUAUAAUGUUCACUAUAUGUAAAUAAAGUUGUUUUUUU